GACAACUUCUACCAAAAGUAUCGAUCAAACAGGAUCUACCACCAGUUAGAAGUAAAUUGAAAAAGGAAAAGCCAACUGUUGUGACAAAAAAAACUGAGAAACGAAUUUCCUCCUUCGACUACCAGUCCUGGGACAAAUUUGAUGUUGAUAAAGCAUGUGAAGACGUUGAUAUGGAGGAAAUAGGUCCAGUAUCACUUGAUAGCAAGAAGAGUCAGCAGGCAAAACUAGAUAAAUUGAGAGAAGAGGCACAGUAUGAAAAAGAGAGGGGCAACACAUUUGUGAAGCAAGAGAAAUGGGACGAUGCCAUAUCAUGCUAUUCCCGUGCCAUAGAGUUGGUCAAGGAUGAUGCUAUCUAUUAUGCCAACAGGGGGCUCUGUUAUUUGAAAAAAGACAGCCUCCAUCAAGCAGAGUCGGAUUGUACAGAAGCUCUCCGUCUAGACCCAACUUAUGUGAAAGCGUUGCAGCGUCGCGCCACUGCGCGGGAACGUCUCGGCUCAUUACGAGCGGCGUCGCACGAUCUAACUAGAGUAGUCGAGUUGGAACCACGGAACUUACUCGCUAAGAGGCAGCUCGAUGCGAUCAAAGCAAGGAUGGGCACUAAAGGCUCUAAAUCUAAGUCUUCACCAUUGAACACACCCACUAUAGAAACUAAGUCGUUCCCCACUUCCAAACCAAAGACUCAAUCUAAGAUCGUAGAGUUACCUAGUGUACCGAAGCCCCGAGUUAUUCAACCAUCAGCCGUAGACAAUUGGAGAGAUGGUAUCGGAGAGAACAUUACUGUCAUCAAACCAGUCAAGAAACCACCACAUUUGAGAUCGAAGAGAUCGUUGAAACGUGUGCCCAUCAAAGAGGUGCAAUUAGGUAAAACGUCACCAGAAACAAAAAAUUCCACGCGUAUGAAAAUAAUUGAAAUUGACGACGAUAAAGCAUAUGGAGACACUAAUAACAACGAUUCUAAUAGGAUCAGCGAAGACCAAGAUGAACGCAAAGAUAUUAAAAGCUCCGUGUUCAAUAAUAUGAAGGGCGACAUGAAUCAAAUGAGCGGCGAGUCUAUAAAGCUGGAGUGUGACGUCAUAUCCACGGAGAAACUGUCGCCCCCCCUCAACAGCGUACAGUUCAUGGCGCAGUGGAACUAUUUACGCGGGAAAGGAAAUGCUGCAACCGAAUACUUGUCUAUUAUAGAACCGUCUAAAAUUCCAUCGAUAUUUGAGAAUGCCUUAGAGAGUAAAGUACUGUCUGACGUGAUAGGUAUAUUACACGGUCACAGGGAUAAGUUCAAACAUCACACUGUCACCGCUUAUCUCAAAAACAUUAGCGCUGUCAAACGAUUCUCGACCCUCGCUAUGUUCCUGAGCGCUAGUGAUAAAAAAUUGCUCACGGAUCUUCUGAAUUACUGCAAAACAGAGGAGAAAGCUACGGAUUACGAAUUAGCAGAUCUGAAGAACAAAUAUGAAAUCUAAAGACUUAAACAUAGGGUACUAGUUAGCUUUUAUUACAAUUUAAUAUCAAUAUUGUGGAAGAACGACAUGGUCUUUUGUGUUCAACAGAUGUUAUUAAGAUUCUCAUUAAUUGG